CCAACGGCAGUGACGGUAACUCUCGGAAAAAUCACUUGGAGCGGAAAAUCCAAGAAAAUUACAUCGCGCGAGUGCUAGAAAAUAUUUUGAAAAAUCUGCAAUAAAUCAAAGAAAUCAAAAGUGCGCGUAAUGUCGGGAAUUAUAUUGCUGCUGGCCUUGUUGGCCCUGGUUUCCAAUGGCGCCGCCAUCAAUUGCUUCGUCUGCGAUUCGAGUGAUAAUCCCAGUUGCUCCGAUCUGGGUUCAAAUUCCAGCAUAGUACCAGAGGAGUGCACAUUGGACAAAAUGAGAUCCCUAGACACCUGGCUUUUUGACUUGAACAAAUUCGCGUACUUCGAUAACGGGGCCAACAAAAGUCCACUUAUGAAUUGCCAAAAGGUUGUGGCCAAAGACCCUGAGACUAGAAAAGUGGUAACGGCGCGCUUUUGCCAACUGGACACCGGGGACUCCGAUGCCUGCGACAUCCUGAGGAAAAAGCUCCGAAUCCCCAAAACCGAGGAGCGGGACCAGCGCAAGAAGAGCGAGAACAAGAGGCGAAAGAAUCAGGAUGGAGACAAUGGCGAUGAUAUCUCCGCCGAGGAGGCGUUCUUCUGCGACAUUUGCAAAACGGAUCGCUGCAAUGGAGCGGCGGCCAUAACGCUGGCAUUGGGUUCGGUUCUCUCCAUGAUUAUGAUCCAAUUGGGAUUGUAAGGAGGGGGUUAUACAACCUAUAUAUAGAUGGAUCGAGUGGUUGCAUUUAGGUUGAGUUACCGUUGGCGUUACCCUUGCCGUUUACUUUGUAAAUAUUUGAGUGCAAUGUCGCUGAUUCGUACAUGAGUUUCAAAGGCACUCACUUUACCCCCCACUUACCCUUUCCGCCCUUAACCCUAGAAAUGUAAGCACCCACCCACACUUAGGUACACAAUCCCCAAAACACCGAUACUAAACACUCAAAGGGAGAAAGCUCCGCACACAAAGUCGCUUUGAUUCAAAACAAAUAUUCGGCUUUCACUUUCCAAAAUAAACACCAAAAAAAAGAAAUAGUAGGUAUAUUUAAUCCUAUAUAUCAACGUUUGGAUUUUUAUGCCCUUAGCUCUUACUAUCUAGCUUUAUUAUGUUACUAAUUAGAUUGUUUUUUUAUAAAUGCUAGGAGCGAUGAGUAUAAGAAUUCACCAAUUGCCUUUAAUUUUCUUAUAAUUCAUAGCAAGCAAUAUAUAGAUGUGAAUUAAAAUCGACGUAUGAAGUAGGUAAAUUUAAAAGUGCUUAAAAUAACAAAUUCAUUAGAAAAAAAAACGCAAGCAAUAACAAUCAGCUUAAUGCAAGACGCGAAUUUAAGAACGAACUUAAACAAAUGCAAUAAAUGUUAAUAAAUGUGCAAUUAAUAGAAAUGUUAACGAAAGCAAUGCAAUAAAUAUUCUGUGAGCUUAGAAAUCGCCUGAAAGCCACACUUUAUAAUAAUAUAGUACUAUAUGUUUUUGCGCCGAGUUCUGCUUAGAUCGUAAGCGAGUUUUGAAAUGGUAACAAAUUUGAACCUUCAGAGCACACGAAUAAAUGCUGUAUGACAGUAUAA